AUGGCUCCAAACCAUCUCCUUUCCCUUCUCUUCCUCCUCCUCCCUACUUCGACGACUCUUUUCAUAACAACUUUUGGCCAGGAUGUAUCCGUUAAUUCAACUCAUAUGUUCCCUUUUAAAUGCUCUAACAAUAUCAAGACAUGUAGCUCUAUACUCUACCACAGCAACGGUCUUCAAGAAGAACAAAUCGCCUACUAUUACUCUGUCAGCACUUCACAAAUCACGCCCAUUAGCCAUGGCAACAAAAAAGACUACCUAGUAACAGUACCUUGUUCUUGCAAACAAGUCAAUGGCACUCUUGCCUACUUCUAUGAUACAUUCUAUAAAGUGCAGCCAAACGACAUAUUUUAUAAUGUUUCGCGUCAGAUUUAUAGUGGGCAAGCUUGGAUGGUUGGAGGGGAAGAAAGUAGUUUUGUUGCAGGAGACGAAUUUCCAAUGCAUCUACUGUGUGGUUGUGUGGAAAGCGACACACACAUUGUGGUGACAUACGCAGUUCAGCAAGGUGACACAUUAGCAGAUAUUUCUACUCUGCUAUCUGCUAAAAUUAGUGAUAUAGAAAGCAUGAACAGAAAUCUGACUCAAAAUCCAAGUUUUAUAGAUGUUGGUUGGGUGUUUUUUGUGCCAGCCGAGAAGAAUGGAGUUAUAGCCCCAGAAGCCCCAAAGAAAGGAAUGGACCACAAGUGGACAAUCAUCAUUGGCGUAUUAUCAGCUCUUACAUUACUUUCAAUGUGCACAUUUGUAAUCAUCCUUCUUAGGAGAAAAAGAACUAGGAAACACAACCAGGAAGAUCAAAGGGCUGCUGUGUCCAACAGCAUGAGUGCCAACAAAUCUUUCUCCUUGCAGAAACAAUUCGUGCAUAAGGAAAAUAUGGAAGAUGUCACACUCUUUGAAUCAGAAAGACCAGUAAUAUAUAGUCUCGAAGAAAUUGAAGAGUCCACAAGCAACUUCAGCGAAACUAGAAAAAUUGGAGAGGGUGGAUAUGGUAGUGUAUAUUUUGGAGUAAUAAGGGACCAGGAGGUUGCAAUAAAGAAGAUGAGAUCAAACAUGUCCAAGGAGUUCUUUGCGGAGCUCAAGGUCUUGUGCAAGAUACAUCACAUCAAUGUGAUGGAACUACUGGGGUAUGCCAGCGGGGACGACCACCUCUACUUAGUUUAUGAGUUCAUUCAGAAUGGAUCUCUCAGUGAUCAUCUUCAUGACCCUUUACUAAAAGGUCAUCAACCACUCUCUUGGACUGCAAGAGCACAAAUUGCACUGGAUGCCGCAAAGGGUAUUGAAUACAUUCACGAUCACACAAAAGCCCGGUAUGUGCACCGUGAUAUAAAGACAAGUAACAUCCUGCUAGAUGAAGGGCUCAGAGCAAAGGUUGCAGAUUUCGGAUUGGCAAAGCUUGUUGGGCGAACCAAUGAAGACGAUUACAUAGCAACUCGCCUUGUUGGAACACCAGGAUACCUUCCCCCUGAGUCUGUCAAGGAGCUGCAGGUGACAACUAAAACAGAUGUUUUUGCAUUUGGAGUAGUUCUAGCAGAGCUCAUAACUGGUCAACGUGCACUCAUCCGUGACAAAGGGGAGCCCAACAAAAUGAAGGCACUCAUCACAGUUGUAAAUAAGUUAUUCCAAGAAGAAGAUCCAGAGACUGCAUUGGAAUCCAUUAUAGAUGGCAAUCUUAAGGGAAACUUUCCAAUGGAGGGUGUGUACAAGAUGGCAGAAAUUGCCGAGUGGUGUCUAAGUGAAGAUGCAGUCAAUAGACCAGAGAUGCAAGAGAUAGUUGUGGCAUUAUCUCAAAUCAUGAUUUCCUCAAUAGAGUGGGAAGCAUCAUUAGGAGGGAACAGCCAGGUAUUCAGCGGGGUUUUCAGCGGAAGAUGA